AUGGUUAGCUGUGUGCCGGAGUCCCCUCCAGAAUUACAGCCCCCACCCGCCCGUCAUCACGGCCGUGGUGGGGUGACUACAGACCAGCGGACAAUGCCGCGUACGGAGAGCCGUGCACCGGCAUCCCCGCACGGUAUUAGUUUACACCCAUCGGCAUCAUUAGAGUCCAAGCGGGGCUCGAUACUGGGACACCAUGACGGCGCUGCUUCACCCCCGAGGCCUGGUUCCCAUUCCCCAGUGACAACUCGCCCCCCGUACUCUGACAACUCGGCGGACGAGAGCGAACUGACCUGCACCAUGCAACGCCUAUUGGUGGCUGAGACCGAACUCCGCUUGGUUCAACGGGAUAUGAUCAGGGUCCUGAAUCUCCCUGCUGGUACCGAUCCUCCUCCUCCUGAGCGUCAGUCGUUCAAGAAGAGAUCAGGACCGACGGCAGAACCGGUCCGGGCUUCUCCCACAAUGCCGCUGGACCCAGCGGUUUACGAGGACCCCCUGUCGGACAUGCUUAUUCGGACAACGCCCGUACCGCCUGACACAGCAAAACGCCGCUCCCUCGAGGAGGAGAUCGACACCCUCCUUCUAAAGAGAGCAGUUCGUGUUGUCCCCCAAGGGGGGACCCGGGCGGGUUUCAUGUCAACCUUCUUCUUGGACCCCAUGAAGGAGGCCGGCGGGACUGGCCCGCCCAUCGGAGGACCGCCUGCUGAACCUUCGGCAGUGUGUGUCCCUCUUCCUCCUGACGGAAGUGGCUCCAGCCCGAGCCUGGCUCAGGCUUUUGGGCCUUAUGGCCUGUUUGGUGGACUUAGUUCAGGAACUCGUAAGCUUUUGAGGUCAACUGACUAUGGAAAGACUUUCCUUGCAAUAAAAAUGAAUGUGUACAGCUUUGGAGUGCAGGGAAAGUUUGUGUUUGCAGCAGUGGAUGGUGGAAAGGGGGAUAAUGGACGAAUACUUUAUGUGUCUAAAGAUGAUGGUAAGACGUGGAGCCCUACACAGCUUCCAGUUGUCACCAGUGACCGGUUCUUUUCUGUGUUGGACAUGAAUGAAGGGAUGCUAUUCAUGCAUGUUGAUGAUGAAGGAGACACAGGUUCUGGAACUCUGUAUACAUCUGAUGCUGAUGGAAUUGUGUUCUCUGUAUCUCUCAAGAAACACUUGUUUGCUGAGGGUUCUGCCACAACUGAUUUUUACCGUGUAGCAUCUAUGCGUGGUGUGUACAUGGCAAGCCAGGUUGGUGAUGAUCUAUCCAUUCAUACAAAUAUUACAUUUGAUCGUGGUGGCAUCUGGCAUCCUGUGAAGGCUCCUAAAGGCUCCAAGUGUAAAAACUCAGCAACAUCGUGUAGCUUGCAGAUCCAUAAUCGUUACAGCCAGAUUAAAGGGGUGAAUGCGCCAUCAAGCCCACUCAGUCAGUCAAGUGCUGUUGGACUUAUUUUGGCUCAUGGAAAUGUCGCCGAUGCUUUGGAGACACAUCCUCCUGAUGUUUUCAUUUCAAAUGAUGGUGGUUACAACUGGACAAAAGCAUUAUCUGGCCCCCAUCACUACACUGUAACAAACCAUGGUGGUCUUUUGCUGGCUAUAUCUGCCGAACAGGAUGUCACCAAUACUAUCAAGUUUUCUUAUGACGAGGGUCACUGUUGGAAUGAAUAUAAGUUCUGUGAUGAACCAUUCAGCAUUACAGGAUUAUUGCCAGAGCCAAGCACCAACUCUCUUAAUGUUAGCAUUUGGGGAUUCGGAUCAGAGGACAGAAGAUGGAGGAUUGUGACCAUUGACUUCAGUGCUGUACUUAAAGAUGAGUGCACAGAAAAAGAUUUUGAUGAAUGGGUUCCACAUCUGUCAAAUGAAAGGAGAGGCUGUCUUCUGGGGUUAAAUGAAACAUUUGAAAGAGUGAAACCUGAUUCCCUGUGCCGACUGAAUUAUGCCCAUGAGCCUAAAGCCAAACAAUCUAAUCCAUGUUCCUGUACUAAAGAUGACUAUGAGUGUGACUUUGGGUUUAGCCGCAAAGGUGAAAGUAAAGAAUGCAAAGUGAGUGCGGAUGUUGACCCCUCACACCUGGACAUCUGCAUUAAUGGAAACGAGGAGAAGAUCAAUACUUGGGGAUAUCGUAAAAUUCCUGGAGAUAUGUGCGUAAAUGGUUUUCAGCCAGUCAGAAGCAUGGACACACUUCAGCAGCAGUGCACAAGUGGUCUGGAGUCUAACUUGUCUGUGGAGCAGUUAGAUGGCCAUCAGGUAAAGACAUGGACAAUUGUCAUGAUUCUGCUGGCAGUUGCUUUCUUUUCUGGAAUUCUUGUUUUCUUGCUGUACAGGCACAACAAACUCCCCUGCACCAGACCAAGCUUGGCAUCAUACCGCUACUCACAGCUUAGUGAUGGAGACAAUUUGGAUAAGAUGAUUGACUUGGAAUCUCAUCCAACAUAUCAUGACUCCUCCGAUGAGGAAAUCUUAGAGUAAACGAGGACAGUAGAAGGCAGAGCUUGAAGAUAAAGUAAGAGGUAAUACACUCACAAGUCUUCCUUUAAUUACAUUGGAGAAGAAGUAUGGAUACCAGGCAAACUAAAGUAUAUAUGUUUGAUGUGUUAAGUUGCAUUUUGAGCUACUCUUUCAUUUUUAAAGAUCGCUUUAAUGAGAGUAACACUGUAGCCCAUUAGUCCCUGUUCUGCCCCAAAGUGCCCUACCUGUAUUUCUUCUACCACCCAAAAUCGCCCCAGCACUCAAUGGUUUUCAUCAAGGAGUAAAUAACAGUGUAGUACAAGUGUUAAAGGGAAUAUACAUCAUUUGCUUUUGCUGUAAUUUUCAGAAAUGGAUGGAAUUGGGGGGUUGGAAAUAUAUAGCAAAUAUAGUUACACUGACU